CCGGAUACGAGGUUGAGUGAGUGAGAACGAAGGAGAGCGCGAGACCUGAAAGAGGCGCCCCUGCAGCCUGUGUGGAUGAAGGAAGGAUGCAGACAAUCAAGUGUGUGGUGGUGGGCGACGGGGCAGUAGGAAAGACCUGCCUGCUCAUCUCCUACACGACCAACGCCUUCCCCGAGGAGUACAUCCCCACUGUCUUCGACAACUACAGCGCCCAGAUGAGCGUGGACGGGCGCACCGUCAGCCUCAACCUGUGGGACACGGCGGGCCAGGAGGAGUACGACCGCCUGCGCACACUCUCCUACCCGCAGACCAACGUCUUCAUCAUCUGCUUCUCCAUCGGCAGCCCCUCGUCCCACGCCAACGUGCGGCACAAGUGGCACCCCGAGGUGUCGCACCACUGCCCCAGCGUGCCAGUUCUGCUCGUGGGCACCAAGCGGGACCUGCGGUCCGACAGUGAAACAGUAGCUAAGCUAAAGGAGCAGGGCUUGGCCCCCACUACCCCCCAGCAAGGCAGCGCGCUGGCCAAGCAGAUCGGUGCCGUGAAGUAUAUGGAGUGCUCUGCACUGCUGCAGGAGGGUGUGCGGGAGGUGUUUGCCGAGGCUGUGCGAGCCGUGCUCUACCCUGCCACUAAGAAGAGCCCCAAGAAAUGCAUCCUCCUAUAGUCCUGCGGUGGGGAAGACUGCGGGAGGAGGUGGACCUGGUGCGCUUGGUAUUCUCAGCUCCCAAGUCUUGGCCUCCACACACUACAUCUAGCGCUUCUGUUGCUAAUACUGGCUUAACCCCUUGCCCCUGAACUUGUAGUUAUUUGGAAUAAUUUACAUGUGGACUGUGAUAUCCCAAACCAAACACCAAAGUGAAGUAACUGAGGGAAUAGCAAUGGGUGGCUGCAUCUCUGUAUUUCACCCAUCUGUGACUAAAGCCCAGUACUGUGGCCUCACUUCCUCUUUGGAAUGUACACCUUGUGUAAAAUGUGCCUGCUCUCAGUUUCACACUAUUUUGAUCCUUCGGGUUUUAAUGAUUUUACAUGGAUUAAAACAAGUCAAUGUACAGUCAAAA